AUGGAAAAAAGUGAACUGGAACAAAUGAGAGUUUUAUUUCGUGUGGCUUUCUUUCUGGCUAAAUCCGGACGUCCAUUCACAGAUUUUCCUGGACAGAUAAAAUUAUUGGCUGUUAAUAAUGUACCUGUUAGUGAAACCUAUGCAAAUGACAAGCAGGCACGAAUAUUCACAGAUUACAUAUAUGAAAGUAAAGGUGUUGAGAUGAUCAAAGAAAUGAGUGAAUCAGAGUUUUUUGCUAUACUGUCAGAUGGAAGUACAGACACUAGUAUUACUGAUGAGGAAAUUGUAUAUGUUAAAUACAUUAAAAAUGGAGGUGAACUGGUAAAUAUAGCAUUGGGGAAAACUGUCACACAAAGUAGUACAGAUAACGAAAACGGAAUAGCAGAACAUGCGGUUGAUGGCGACAAAUCUGGAAAUUGGUUACAUAAUAGUUGCAGUCACACAAGUGGCUUGGCUAACGAACCAUGGUGGAGAGUAGAUUUGGCGGAAAUACACUGUAUUUCACGAGUAGUUAUCACUAACAGACAAGAUUGUUGUAGUCACAAAAUAGAGACGGCAGUGGUCCUGAUUACUAACACUGUUGACGAGGUGGACGCUAUUCAGUGCGGUUCAGCAAUAGACCAAUAUACUGCGUUGCAAGCGACGAUUUCAUUUGAAUGUGAUGAAAAUACACUCGGUCGCUAUGUUACUGUAGACAAAACCGAAACACCAGUUGUCCUACAUAUGUGUGAAGUAGAAGUGUUUGCUCCCAUGAUUUUAUAA